UUUUAUAAUUGUUGAUCAUUUUAUUAAUCUCUAUUUUAAAUUAUUUGUGUGUCACCAGCAACAAGUGUUACUAGCGAUUCUUUUCAAAUCUGUUAACUGCGAAUUCUGCUGGUCAUCAUGUAUUUUACGUAAAAUAUCAUUUCCUCUGAGUUCAAGCUACAAACCAGUUGAAUGUGAUGGUCACCUUUUUUCUAGAAAAUUGAAUACAAAAAAUAUUAUCCAAUGAAAUCAUCUUUUUGCAUGGGGUGAGCAUGAUCACGUGUUGCAACACAUGUUCAGUUUUGCGUUUCCCCGCCUCCUCACGCCGAUGGCAUGACAUGGUGGAGUGUCAUUUUUUGAACAGAAAUGAAAUUUACAGAUUUACAUAAUAUUGUUUGAAAUUAGUUAUGCACAACGUAUGGGGCUUUAAUUAUUUGGAUCUAGCACAAAGAAACAUUUAUGAAGUGUAAAACUUAUUGUACAUUUAAUUGAGUAUCUGAACUAACAGGAAGUAUGCCAUUAGAUACAUCCGAUGUUGUAGAUUUUUUGUGUACGCUUUCUGAAGAAGAACGGAUGAAAUGCACGGUUCGACAGUCUCUGAAAGGUGGCCUUGUUGUUGGUUGCGCUGCAGCCAUUGGUAGUUAUAUUUUAGGUCCUAUUGGACUUGCUAUAGGAGGAGCCGUGGGAGGAGUGUUUGCAGCAGCGACCAUGCGCUACUCGUUUUUUCCAGCUUCACAAGUUAUUGCCACAAUGUCACAAGUCCAUAGAGAUCGCUUGGCUUCUAAGAUUGAACGCAUAAUGCAAAACUUUAAUGUCUCUGAUAUUGCUCUUUUAGCCACUAUGAUUAGUGGUGACUGUCUGUUGAGAAAUCGAGUUGUUACUGAACUGGUUGAUUACCUGAGACAGGAAAUGUCUUUAGCAUUAGUUGAAUAAGAGCUUUGACUGAAUCACUAUAUUUCUCAUGCUCACGUGGAAAAAUGAUUGUGUACAUAAACUCUAUUGUAAAAUUUACUUCCAAAGUUUUGUUAUUAAUGUCAUUAAAUUUUAUCAAAUAUGACGUUAUACUUUCAAGGAAAUAUGUUUUUUUAGGACCAUUUAAAUUACUAAGUUCUGGCUAAUUUAUUAAGCCAGUAUAUUUAGGGUUCUUUUCCUUCGUUUGUUCAAGACAAUGAGCUUUUAUAUUAAGUUAAUAUAGUGAUAGAAUAGGUUAUGUAUUUAUAAAUAAACUGUUCUGCUGUUCUUGUUCUUAUAUUUGAUUUAAGUAAAAUAAUCAGGGGUUACUCCAGAUUUCUUCUGAAAUUGAGAAAAAUCUCAUGUUUUUAUGAAAAUAAAGAACUGUUUUUGAGUUUCAUAAAUAAUCAUAAAAACCAACAGUCUCUUCUGACUUUGUAAAUUUGUGAAAUAUCUACUGAUAGAUUCUUCUAAAUCUAAAAUUGCUGUCGAAUAGGUUUCUUUCUGCCUGCCUGGGUCCUUUUUUGUAAAUGUCUAAAAAUAAGGUACUUUUUGUGGGGAGGUACGUUUUUCAAGAAAAUAUAAUUUUGAAAUUAUAUAAGCAUUUAUUAAAUUUUUCAAAGCAAAUUUUGAAUGGUUUGUUUUUAAAAUAAAAUCAAUAGUUAAGGACCUAUUUUUAUGAUGUAAUUUGUGAAGGAUCUGUUUUUGCAGUAGAAUAUUAUGUGAAGGGUUAGUUUAUGGACCCAAAUUUCUUCUAAAAUAAUAGCAUUUCUUUAUGAUCUUAUUUCGCUUUGUCGAAGUGCAUUUCGUACAGGGAUAAUGCAUUAUGUGAAAUUGUUUUUUUUUUUUAUUACUAUUAAAAUGCUUAUGCAAAAAUUUUUUUUACACUCUACUUUCCUCUCAGUGGACUCCUUAGCAUUUAAAAAAAGGCAAGCAUUAAAACAAUAAAUGUCUGGUUAUCAUUACUCUUUAUUCUCUUAUUUUUAUAUCUAAGUUUCAGUAAAUGAUUAUAUUUGCAUUUGAUAAUGUGAAAAUAAGUCCAAAUGUUUAAAAUAUUGAAUAUUGAUGUAAAAAAUUAGCUGCUCUGUACACUUCAAAACCAAUUCUAUAAAAAAAUUUCUAAAUUUUGCCCUGAUUUUUUAGUUUGUUUCAAAAUUACAAUGAAAACUUUUUUUUUCUAUGUUAAGUUUUUAAUGUUUGCUACUUUUUCUGUAACCUCUUGAUUGUUAUUGGCAGUGUU